GGAUUAACCAAUGAGAAUUGUUGGGCGGGUCCAUGUUUAGCCAGCAGCCUAUGGGUUUGGCCGUGGGUAUCUUCCUCCCCUCCCUCCUGCCACACCCCCUGCCUCCGGUCAGGUAGGCUGCAGAUAGCUUGGGCUGGCUGGCUCUGAGCCUAGGCUGGGGAGCGGCGGCCCACAGGGUCUUCCACCGGCGCUGCCCCGCCUGCCCGCUGCCCAGCCCAGGCCGGCCCCCGCCUCAAGCAUCUUCAUGGCGGGCGCAGCCCUGCUUCUCAUCACCCUGGUGGCCUCUGCGGCCGCGUCUAGAGAUACCCCGCCCAGGAAAAUCGCGGUUGUAGGAGCUGGAAUUGGGGGCUCAGCAGCAGCCCAUUUCCUUCAGCAGCUCUUUGGGCCCAGGGUACAGAUUGAUGUAUACGAGAAAGGGACUGUUGGAGGCCGCCUGGCUACCAUCACCGUCAACAAACAGCAAUAUGAAAGUGGUGGUGCAUCAUUCAAUUCCUUCAGCUUGCACAUGCAGGAUUUUGUCAAACUCCUAGGUCUGAAACAGCGACGUGAGAUAGCAGGGAAGAGCGCCAUAUUUGGUGGUGAGCAUCUUAUCCUGGAAGAGACGGAUUGGUAUCUACUGAACCUCUUCCGAAUCUGGUGGCACUAUGGCAUCAGCUUCCUGCGACUGCAGAUGUGGGUAGAGGAAGUCAUGGAAAAGUUUAUGAGGAUAUACAAGUACCAGGCCCAUGGCUAUGCCUUUUCAGGAGUAGAGGAGCUGUUGUACUCAGUGGGUGAAUAUACUUUUAUCAACAUGACCCAGCGCUCCGUAGCAGAAUGUCUGCUGGAGGUGGGAGUUACCCAGCGCUUCAUUGAUGAGGUGAUUACAGCCCUGCUGCGUGCCAGUUAUGGACAACCUGCAACAAUGGCUGCCUUUGCAGAAGGCAGAGCCCUUUAUCAGGUAUUUUAUGAGAAGGAAGAUAAAAUGCAUUCGGACUUCUAUGAUAUAGUAGUCAUUGCUACGCCCCUCUAUGCCGGCAGUAACAGCAAUAUCACCUUUGAGGGCUUUCAACCUCCCUUUGAAGAGUUUGUUGGUUCCUUCCAAUCCACCGUCACUUCACUGGUCCAUGGCUACCUCAACUCCUCUUACUUUGGCUUUCCUGAUCCUAAGCUUUUCCCUUUUGCCAGUAUUCUUUCUACAGAUGCCCCCAACCUCUUUUUCCGUGCCCUGGACAACAUGUGCCCUGUCAACAUCUCAGCUACCUUUCGAAGAAAACAGCCACAAGAGGCGGCCAUUUGGCGAGUCUUGUCCCCUCAACCCCUGGAACGUCCCCAGCUGAAGAGCCUUUUCCGUUCAUAUUAUUCAGUCCAGACAGCCCAAUGGCAAGCCUAUCCACAGUAUGGCUCCCGAAUGGCUACACCACUGUUUGCACUCCACGACCAGCUCUUCUACCUCAAUGCCCUGGAGUGGGUAGCCAGUUCAGUGGAAAUAAGUUCUGUGGCAGCUAAAAAUGUGGCCCUCUUGGCCUAUAACCGCUGGUACCAAGACCUAGAUAAGAUUGAUCAGAAGGACUUGAUACACAAAAUUAAGACUGAAUUGUGAGAACUACUAGAAAGAAGGGAGAUAGGUAGGAAUCUGUGGAUCUUCAUUUACAUAACAAACAUUUAUUAAGCACUUGCUUCAUAUGGAGUCCUGUACUCUAGAGGCUUAACUUGUUACACACACAACAUGUGGAUAAAACAGGGCCUCUGCAUGGAGCUUACAGUCUCCUGUAAUGAUGGUUCUUGAUCUUAAGUCAGUGAUCGCUUUUAAAGCAAAGGGAAAUCUGUUUCCCAUGUACUUGAUUUAUCUUGUGUAACCCUCCUCUCUCCUGUGUCAGACUUUUCUGCUUGCCUUUUAUGGAUUUGGGGGAGUAGUUGCCUCAGGGGAGGGGGAAGUAGAGGCAAAAUGAUGCCUCUUUUAAAUUUAAUUUCAAAUAAAAACCAGUCCUCUGAAUAUGCUAUUGACUUAACUUCUGAUUUCCUGAUUGAAGGGUAAAGUAAGUCAGGGUAGAGUUAUAGGUAAGCGUGGGAAGAUUGCAGAAGCAAAGAUUUAUCACUAUACCUAAACCUUAGAGAUUGUAUAGUCCAGGAUUUCUUAAUUUUUAUUUGUCUCCUGGACCUAUUUGUCAGUUUAGUGAAGCCUCUGAACCUCUUCUCAGAAUAAUGCUUUUAAAUUAACAUAAAACAAAAUGCAUAGAAUUACAAAGAAAAUAAACCAUAUUCAAAUAGUUAUAAAAUUACUUAGAAAAAACCAAAUUCAUAGAUUCCUGGUUAACCCUGGAUCUAUUCCAACCCUCUAAUUUUACAGGUGAGAAAACUGAGACCCAGUUUGCCAGUUGAUCCUCUGCUCUGCCAGUCUUUGCCAUUUUGGAAAGGCUUUUGCUCUGGUGUUGGAAACAAAUGGUGUCCAGUAAUCAAGGACAAGACUAGCUAAGUUCAUAAGGGUCUAUUUCCAGCUGGUUUGCCUCUAGGUCAUGAAUUCUUUGACCAUGAAACAAAAGUACAAAAUGACCCUCAGUCUUGUCCUUUUGCAGGGUAGUGGAAAAGGGGGGCAAGAGAUGCUGAAAUCACAUGCUUUUUAGACUACAAAGUUUAACUCUUGAUACAUUAAAUAUGAGAUCUUUGCCUAUUGGUUUGAUGUGCUGCUGAAACAACUAUAUCCAUAAACACAUGGAUACUCGUUAUAACAGAAGCCAGAAGGCAAGUAUAAAAAUAGCCUGGUAGCCUCUUCUUGAAAAGACAAAUAGGUAAGGCUCAGAAUGUAGGAAGGAGAAAGAAAGAAAGAAAGAAAGAAAGAAAGAAAGAAAGAAAGAAAGAAAGAAAGAAAGAAAGAAAGAAAGAAAGAAAGAAAGAAAGAAAGAAAGAAAGAAAGAAAGAAAGAAAGAAAGAAAGAAAGAAAGAAAGAAAGAAAGAAAGAAAGAGAAAGAAAAAGAAAGGGAGGGAGGAAGGAAGGAAGGGAGAGAGAGAGGGAGGGAGGAAGAAAGAAAGAAAGAAAGAGAAAGAAAAAAGAAAGCAAGCAAGAAAGAGAGAGAGAGAGGGAGGGAGGAAGAAAGAAAGAAAGAAAGAAAGAAAGAAAGAAAGAAAGAAAGAAAGAAAGAAAGAAAGAAAGAAAGAAAAAGAGAAAGAAAAAGAGAAAGAAAAAGAAAGGUGGAAGGAAGCAAAAAGAGAAGGAAGAAGGGCAAGGAAGGAAAUAAGCGUAUAUCAAGUACUUACUAUUAGUUAGGCAUUGUGCUAAACUCAAGCUACAAAUAUAAACAAAAGGGGAAAAAGUUCUCAAGGAAUUUACAUUUUUCAAUCUUUCAUUCUUUUAUUUUCCCUUUUUUACCCAUUUCUUUUUUUAAUUUUUAAUUUUAUUUUUAUUGUCAUGCAAAACACACUUCCAUAAGAGCACACUCAUGCAAAGCCAAAACCCCAAAAUAAAACUGUAAAUAUACGGAUAUGAAAUAUAGUAUGCUUUGAUCCAUACCCAUCCAACUCUAACAGUACUUUCUCUGGAGGUGGAUAGCAUUCCCCAUCAUAAGUCCUUAAGAAUUGUCCCAGAUCAUUGUGGAAUUUUUAUUCCAAUGAUGGAAAACAACACAAAAGGGAGCUGUAGAAUAGGGGAGUGUGAAAGUACUUAGACUUAGGUGCAUGGGAAGGGAAUGAAAAGAUUGGGCACCUCCACAGAACAGAGACCCCAGGAGGAACUUGACAAUGGGAAAAAAAGAAUGGGAAGAUUCCAGGUUAAGAAGACCACAGGGAUAGUUAGAUAUUCUAGGAUGAAGAUACUCCAGGUCUUAAGGAAAGUUCCAGAAUGGGAUAGCAGAAGAGACAUGGUUUUGAAUUCUGGGUGCUAGAAACAAGUCAGGAAGGAAAUGAGCUCUAACAAUGGGUAGAAAUAGAAAAGAGUUCUAUCUCUUCUCCCUAUCUCUGAGGAAGCAGGUCAUGACUGCUUUUAGAGACUUCAGCAAAUUGGCAAAUUCUCCUGGACUCUCCUGAGAAAUUGAGGCUGAAUUCCACUUUGGCAGCAAGGAUAGUGACCCAAGAUAAGCAUUGGUGGGAAAUAGUUGUGUGGAGAUUUUUGUUUGUUAAGUGGAGGGAAGGCAUGUGUGUAUGUAAUAGAAUGGGGGUAAAUGGAGACUGUCACAGAAAGUUAAAGCUGAUUUGAACUAUAGAGAAGAUGGACAAGUUACUUCUGUCUAGAAAAGAGAUCACAGAAUUUAGGAUGGGCAAAGGGUUUAGGAAAUAUCUAACCUCACCCCUUCUUUUACAGAUAAGGAAACUGAGGCCCAGAGAGGUUAAGUGACUUGCCUACAAACAACAGUGCUGGAAUUUGAACCCAGGAUCAUUGACUAAGUCUAGUGCUUUUCCUACCAAGUUAUUCUGUCAUCUAUUUGCUCUCUGGUUACUUCAAAAUGGACAUGUUGAUCACAAAAUAGGCUACAUUUCCCCCUUAAAUUUGACCAGUAUAAUCCUAGGAUGAUCUGUACUCAUACUCUUGAUAAGAUAGCAAUAAAAAUGACAAGAUCAAAUUAUCACAUUUCCAUUGAAAGAAAAGCAAUAAGGACCACACUCAAAGAAACUCCAAAACAUUUUGCAGCAAGCAUUUUUAAUAGGGUGCAUUGAGGUCAUGAGGUUUUCUUUACACUCAUUUAAGUUCUUCCAUAUAUUAUGGGAAUUUUUAAUUUUUAUUUCCUUUUAUUAAUUUUAUUAUUGGAGAAUAUGAGGUGGUCAGGACUAUUUCUCCUAAUUAGGAGGUUAUUGAGUUAGCUGGUACCUGUCUAUAGGGUAUGAACAUUUCUUUAGGAAAAGCAUUCCUCAGAUAAGAAGCCAGAGGAAAGAUCUCAAUUGUCCCCAAUUCUGGUUAUCUUGAUAACAUGUAAAUCUUUCCCCUUAAACAGUCUAAUGUGAACCCUGUAAAUAUUUAAUGUAUAACCUUAGUUUACCUAUAGAAUCUGUUUAAUUAGGUUUGUUUCCUCAAGGAAUGUAUGAGAUUAUGUUUCUUUUUAACUGUUCAACUUUUAUGACAUUGAAAGAAAUGGGAAAAUCUAUCUUUAAAAAAAAAACAAUUUUAUGCCCAAAAAGAAUGUAUGAAAUUACAAUAUGUGAAAGAAUUAUUUCUCUGUUAGUGAUAUAAUUUGGUCUAUUAGAAGCUUUGUUAGAAUUCAGAUUUUGUUUAGGAUUCCAUUUCUACCUCCUGUUACCUAUGCUUAAGCAUAAUAAAACCUAAAUUUUA